AUGAUCAUCACACGGAGGAAGGUGAUGAGUGAGUCUCACCAGGUCGCAUCGACAUCGACUUGCCCACUUGAAAAAACGAAAAAGUGUAAAGAUCUUCCUGGAAUCUGCCUUCUUACUGGCCUCUACGUCCUUCAGGGUAUUCCUCUGGGUUUGGCAGCAUCCAUCCCCUAUCUUCUACAAUCAGAUGCUCACACCGCCAAUUACCGCUACCAGGCCAUCUUCUCCUGGGUGUUUUGGCCUUUCUCAUUAAAGCUCGCUUGGGCUCCGAUAGUUGAUUCCCUUUACGUAAAGCGCUUCGGUCGUCGGAAGACCUGGUUAAUUCCCAUCCAGUACGCAAUCGGCAUAGAUCUGUUUGUGCUGGCAAGUCGGGUAGACAACUGGCUCGGUAGAGAGGAGGGACAUUUCUGGGGACCCCUUGGAGUGUCUGGCGAUGUACAAAUCUGGGGGCUAACCUGUGCAUUUUUCGGACUUACUCUUCUUGCUGCAACUCAGGAUAUUAUUGUCGAUGGCUGGGCACUCACAAUGCUUUCCAAAGAGAAUGUGGGCUGGGCGUCGACUUGCAACUCCGUGGGUCAGACUCUUGGCUACAUCCUCGGAUUCAUAGUCUUCCUCGCCUUGGAGUCUCCCGACGUCUGCAACAGCUACCUGCGUUCGACUCCUGUGCCAGGCAAGGGGAUCGUCAGCUUCUCUGGUUUCCUCUACUUCUGCGGAGGCGUGUUCUUGACGGCGACCACGUUAGUUGCCAUCUUCAAGUCCGAGGCACCGAUGGAGCCACGGGACCAAGAGCGCUCCCACUCCACCACCCCCACCUCCUCCCUCUCCCUCAGCACGGAGAACCGCCUUGUCGAAAUCGACUCCCUCGACACCUCUCCCAUCCAGGCGAACGACGAGCUCGAGAUUGCGCUAAACGAGAACAGGGUCUCGGGGUCGAGGCAGGACAGCGGUGGGGCUGAAAGGGAGCGAGUUCUCUCCCUGUGGCAGGCUUAUCGAUUGAUGCUGCGCAUCUUGAGGCUUCGACCUGUUCUCCGCUACAUUGUCUUUGUCUUCCUGAUCAAGUUUGUAUUCUCUGCGUCGGAUAGUGUGUUCGGUCUGAAGGUGCUAGAGCACGGCGUCACAAAGGAGCGCCUGGCGCUCAUUGGCUCGGCAAUGCUGCCGCUGCAGGCGCUGCUGCCUUUCCUCAUCACGCACUGGAGCAACGGACCCCGUCCUCUUGGGGCCUACCUCAACGCCGCAAUUCCAAGGUUGGUGCAUUUACGCUCCGUGUCUCUCCCUCUCUUGAAGCCAAAGGUUGUUGUGGCGACAACGUCCGUGGUGAUUGUGCACUACAUAGACUACUUCCGCACCACCGUGGAACCCCCUCCAGACUCUCCACCGGGGACUUCGCCGACCUACAUCUUCUCGGCCUCCUUCUACAUUGUCCUGAUUGCCCAUCUUGCCGUCUACGCCUUCUUCUCUCACACCAUGUUCGUCUGUCAAAUGGCCUAUCACGCGAAGGUCUCAGAUCCCAGCAUCGGCGGCACCUACAUGACUCUCCUCAAUACGGCUGCGAAUUUGGCCGCCAGCCUGCCGUCAACUCUGAUGCUCUUCCUGGUCGAUCCACUGACAUUCCGAACUUGCGAGAAUCCAGUAGAGGACAAGGUAAUCUCCGUGGUGAACCACACCGCCAAGGUCGCCUCCACGGUGCAGCUUCAACAACUCGCCGACCACUUCAUCGCCCACAAUGCCACCUGCAAAGGUCUCCAAGGAGUUGAGGUUCUUGCACAAGUUCUAACCAAUCAUCUUGUCCCUUCGACUUUCCAGGCAUGUAGAUCAGUCGGUGGCACGUGUCGCACCAUCGUGGAAGGCUUCUACAUCGAGAUGGGCUUCUGUCUGGUGGUUGGCCUAGUCGCCUACUUCACGGUUCUCCGACGAAUGGCCGCAUCUCUCGACACCCUGCCCCUCUCCGCGUACCGCCACUUGGGUCGGAAGACCUCUCGUUCGAACUGCGAGCCUGUGAACCAAUAG